UCUUGUGUUAGUGUUUGUUCGGCAAUUCAAGAUGUGGCACAAAUCUCAUGGCGAGAAGGGUGAGAAGAAGAUGAAGAUCAAAGGAUCCGUUGUGUUGAUGAAGAAGAAUGUUUUAGACUUGAAUGACAUUAACGCUUCACUGCUCGACCGGGUCUAUGAGUUCUUCGGAAAAGGAGUUUCACUGCAACUCAUCAGUGCUACUAAUGGCAACCCUGAUAAUGAAAUGAGGGGAAAUGUUGGAAAACCAGCAUUCUUGGAGGAAUGGGUGACAAAGCUUACACCUUUGAUCGCUGGUGCAACUACUUAUGAUAUCACAUUUGAUUGGGAAGAAGACAUGGGAAUACCAGGAGCUUUCAUCAUCAAGAACAUGCACCACAACGAGUUCUACCUCAAGACUGUAACGCUUGAAGAUGUUCCUGGAAAGGGUUGUGUCCACUUUAUCUGCAAUUCUUGGGUUUACCCAGCUCAACGUUACAAAUAUGAUCGUGUUUUCUUCGCUAACCCGACCUACUUACCAAGUGAUACACCUGAGGCUCUACGUAAGUACAGGGAAGAAGAGCUUGUGAAUCUAAGAGGAGAUGGGACAGGACAGCUCCAGGAAUGGGAUCGAGUCUAUGACUAUGCUUUCUAUAACGAUCUGGGUAACCCUGAUAAGGGUAGUGAUUAUGCACGCCCUGUUCUUGGGGGUUCAACUGAAUACCCUUACCCUCGCAGGGGAAGAACUGGUCGAAAACCUUCAAACACAGAUCCUAAUACUGAGAGCAGAUUGCCACUGGUACUGAGUCUGGACAUUUAUGUUCCAAGAGAUGAACGAUUUGGUCACUUAAAGUUGUCAGAUUUCCUUGCAUAUGCAUUGAAAGCCGUAGUUCAGUUCCUGCUUCCGGAACUAAAAGAUUUCUGCGAUAACACCCCUAAUGAGUUUGAAACCUUUAAAGACGUAUUAGACCUCUAUGAGGGAGGGCUCCGACUUCCUAAUGGCUCAAAACUAAACAAACUCGACAACAAAAUACCUUUGGAGCUACUGAAGGAACUAAUUCACUCAGAUGGUGAUGGAAUCCUUCAAUACCCUAUGCCCCAAGUGAUAAAAGAGGAUAAGUUUGCUUGGAGAACAGAUGAAGAAUUUGCACGAGAAAUGGUUGCUGGAGUGAACCCUGUUUGCAUCCGCCGUCUUAAAGAGUUUCCCCCUGCCAGCAAACUUGAUCCCAAUGUGUAUGGCAACCAGACCAGUUCAAUUACCAGAGAGCAAAUUGAAGAGAAGCUAAAUGGCUUAACAGUAGAUGAGGCCAUUGAGAACAACAAGCUCUUCAUAUUAGAUCAUCAUGAUACAUUGAUGCCAUACCUGAGGCGUAUAAACACCACUUCCACAAAGACCUAUGCAACCAGAACACUACUCUUCUUGCAAGACGAUGGGACCUUGAAGCCACUGGCAAUUGAGUUGAGUCUACCACAUCCAGAUGGUGACCAACAUGGUGCAAUUAGUAAGGUCUUCAUCCCUACUGAACAAGGUGUUGAAGCCUCAGUUUGGCAACUGGCCAAAGCUUAUGCAGCUGUGAAUGACUCUGGGGUUCACCAGCUUAUCAGUCACUGGUUAGAUACGCAUGCCGCGAUUGAGCCAUUUGUGAUUGCAAUGAAUAGACAAUUGAGUGUGCUUCAUCCAAUCCAUAAGCUUUUACAGCCUCACUUUAGGGAUACCAUGAACAUUAAUGCCUUGGCUCGGCAGGUCCUCAUCAAUGCUGGCGGAGUGUUGGAGAGUACGGUUUUCCCAGCGAAAUUUUCAAUGGAAAUGUCUGCUGUGGUUUACAAGAACUGGGUUUUCACUGAGCAGUCAUUGCCUGCAGAUCUCAUUAAGAGGGGAAUUGCAGUUCCAGACUCAAACAGUCGUUAUGGCCUCCACCUUUUAAUUGAGGACUACCCUUAUGCUGUUGAUGGCCUUGAAAUCUGGUCAGCCAUUGAAGCUUGGGUCCAUGAUUACUGCUCUUUCUACUACCCCAAGGAUGAGAUGCUCCAAAAUGACUCCGAACUCCAGUCUUGGUGGACAGAGCUCCGUGGUGUAGGCCAUGGUGAUAAGAAGGAUGAGCCAUGGUGGCCCAAGAUGCAAACACUUGAUGAGCUAACACAGACGUGCACCACCAUCAUAUGGAUAGCUUCAGCCCUUCAUGCAGCUGUUAAUUUUGGACAGUAUCCCUAUGCUGGUUACCUCCCAAAUCGCCCAACCAUAAGCCGUCGCUUCAUGCCUGAACCAGGUUCUCCUGAGUAUGCUGAGCUCGAAUCGGACCCUGACAAUGUAUUCCUGAAAACAAUAACAAGCCAGCUCCAAACCCUUUUAGGUAUAUCCCUUAUAGAAAUUUUGUCCACACAUUCUUCUGAUGAGGUCUAUCUUGGGCAAAGAGACACUCCAGAUUGGACAACAGAUACAGCACCAUUGAAAGCUUUUGAAGAAUUUGGAAAGAAGCUAGUAAAGAUUGAAAAUAGGAUUAUAGAGAUGAACAAUGACAAAAGGUUGAGGAAUCGAAUGGGCCCUGUCAAGAUGCCAUACACCUUGCUCUAUCCAGACACUUCCAACUAUAGUGGUAUUGGUGGGCUAACUGGAAGAGGAAUACCCAAUAGUGUCUCAAUCUAAGGCUGGAUUAACUGUUAUAGUUCUAAAGUAGUGGAGUCUUUCAGCAAUCAGAAUUUCUUAGUUCAAGAGAGGUAGAAUGAUCUUAUAUGUAACAUGGAAAAGAGUAGCUAGCAUAUAUAUAUGAUUUUUUAUUCAAAAGAUGUAAACCAUAUGUGUCUAAUAAAUUCUAAUUCCAUUCCCUUCUUGUAUCA